AGAGAUUUCAAAAACCCUAAUCGAUUAGAGAGAAUCUAAGCAAAGCUAUGUCAGAUCCUUACGAGAGAGUCAAUGGUGGAAGACUAGCCUUCAAAGGAGGUGAUCUAGCCACAAGGAAAUCGAUCGAGAAGAAGAAGAAAAAGCAUAAGAAGAACAAGGAAAAGCUCGUCGACGGCGCUGCCGGAGAAGUGAAGAUGGCUCCCGACGGUUCCGCCACUUCCGCCGCCGCUCCCGACGACAUAUACUCUAUCGAUGCCGCGAAGAAGAAGAAGUACGAUGAGCUAUUCCCUGUGGAAGCGAAGAAGUUCGGUUACGUUCCGAAAUCAAACUUCGAAUCAAUGGAAGAUGCUCUUGACGAUCGAGUCAAGAAGAAAGCUGAUCGUUACUGUAAAUAAAUUCUCAUCUUUGUUUUUUUUUGAUGUUUGUAGGAUCUAAUGAAAGAUGAUGAGUGAUGAAAGUUUCAAUACUAUGUUUCAGUUCUUACAAUUUGAAGUAUAAUUUUUAGCUCCUUUAUCCUAAAUUUGGUUGACUUGUUGAUUUUA